AUGAGCUCCUGGAACGAUUCCACACAUUUUUGUAAUUGGGUCGGUGUUACUUGUAAUACUACUCUCAAAAGAAUAGUGGCUUUGCGCUUAGAAGCUCGAAAAUUGGUUGGUUUGUUACCUCCUUCACUGGGAAAUCUUACUUAUCUCAGGGCAAUCAACUUGGGGGACAACCAUUUUCAUGGCCCAAUUCCACAAGAGUUUGGUAAGCUACAACAAUUGCGUUAUCUGAAUUUGUCCUUCAAUAAUUUUAGUGGAGAGAUUCCAAGUAAUAUGAGUCAUUGCAUCGAACUUGUUGUUCUACAAAUUGGUAACAAUGAGCUUAUAGGUCAGAUUCCACACCAAUUCUUCAUGUUGACCAAGUUGGAACAACUACGAUGUCAAUCCAACCAGUUGACUGGAGAUAUCCCAUCUUGGAUAGGAAAUUUGUCUUCCAUAUUUGAUCUGUGUUUUCCAUAUAACCAUUUUGAAGGAAAAAUUCCCAGUGAAGUUGGACGUUUAUCUAGAUUGAAAUUUUUUGCAGUUGAUGCAAACUAUUUGACAGGUACAGUACCACUUUCUUUGUUUAAUAUUACUUCUCUAACUCAAUUGUCUCUCACCCAAAACAAAUUCCACGGAAAUUUACCACAAAAUAUUGGAUCCACUCUUCCAAACCUGCAGUUCUUCUAUGGCGGUAUCAAUUAUUUUAGAGGCCCUAUUCCCACGUCCUUUGUCAACGCCUCCCGCCUUCGGGUAUUAGAUAUUUCUCAAAACAAUAUCACCGGAAUGAUACCGGAUGGAUUGGGGAGCUUAAGAGACUUGGAGUUACUCAAUUUUGUUAACAACAAACUUGGAACUGGGAAAGUUGGUGAUUUGAAUUUCAUCAAUUCCUUGACUAAUUGUACUAGUUUAAAGAUUUUGGGUCUUGCUGUGAAUCGUUUUGGAGGACCAUUGCCUUCCUCCAUCGCCAACCUUUCAACCCAACUCAUAUAUCUACUUUUAAGUGGAAAUAUUCUUCCUUCUAAUAUUGGGAAUCUUCAGAAUUUGGAAGAGAUAUUGUUGCAAGGGAACGAAUUAACUGGGCCAAUUCCAUCGUCCAUUGGUAACUUAUCUUCACUCAACAAGCUCAACAUGAGCUAUAACAAAGUUGAAGGAAGUAUACCACCAAGUUUAGGACGAUGCAGAAGCUUGCAAGUGCUUGACCUAUCUCAUAACAACCUAAGUGGCAACAUACCAAAGGAAGUUAUCGGCCUCUCUUCCCUUUCCAUCUACUUGGGCUUGGGUCAUAACUCGCUUAAUGGUUCUUUGCCAUCUGAAGUGGGUGAGCUAAAUAAUUUAGCACAAUUAGAUGUGUCGGAGAACAUAUUAUCAGGUGAAAUUCCUAUCAACCUCGGUAAAUGUACAAGCAUGGAGCGCUUGGAUCUUGGGGGUAACCAAUUUGAGGGAACAAUUCCACAAUCUUUGGCAGCUUUGAAAGGCCUAGAGAAAUUAAACCUCUCCAACAACAACUUGUCUGGGUUAAUUCCUCAAUUUCUUGGCAAGCUUCACUCACUCAAGUAUCUCGAUCUGUCCUAUAAUAACUUUGAGGGGCAACUGCCCAAAGGAGGAGUUUUUUCCAAUUCAACCAUGGUUUUUGUCUUUGGGAAUAAAAAUCUAUGUGAUGGUUUACCAGAAUUACAUUUACCUCCGUGCGCAUCUAACCAAACACAUUUGCACUCCAAUAAGCCAUUUCUAAAAUCAAAUGUAUUAAUUCCCACGGCAUUUGCAAUCACCUUUGUUGGUAUUUUGGUGAUCAUCAUUUUUGUGUGUUUCGUGCUUAAGAAGUCAAGGAAGGAUGCUUCAACUAAUUCUUCUUCUGCAAAGGAGUUUCUACCACAAAUUUCUUACUUGGAACUCAAUAAAUCAACGGAAGGAUUCUCUAUAGACAAUUUGAUUGGUUCUGGUAGUUUUGCCUCUGUCUAUAAAGGUGUUUUCUCGAAUGAUGGGUCUAUAGUUGCCAUUAAAGUUUUUAAUCUCCAACAACAAGGUGCUUCCAAGAGUUUUAUUGAUGAAUGCAAUGCUCUCUCCAAAAUACGACAUCGGAAUCUCCUCAAGAUCAUAACUUCUUGUUCAAGUAUUGAUGGACAAGGCAAUGAAUUUAAAGCUCUAGUCUUCAAUUUUAUGUCCAAUGGAAAUCUUGAUGUAUGGCUUCAUCCAACAAAUGAUGGGACCAAUAAAAAAAGGUUGAGUAUCAUCCAAAGAUUGAACGUUACUAUUGAUAUUGCAUGUGGAUUAGACUAUCUACACAAUUAUUGUGAAACUCCUAUCAUUCAUUGUGAUCUAAACCCCAAUAAUAUAUUGCUCGACGAUGAUAUGGUGGCUCAUGUAGGAGACUUCGGGUUAGCUAGAUUUAUGUUGAAAGAAUCAAAUUAUCAUAUAUCCUUUAGUCAAAUCAUGUCACUUGCACUCAAGGGUUCUAUAGGAUAUAUCCCUCCAGAGUAUGGUAGUGGUAGCAAAAUUUCUAUUGAAGGAGAUGUCUUCAGCUACGGGAUACUAUUAUUAGAGAUGAUCAUCGGAAAAAGACCCACUCACAGCACGUUUGACAAUGGUGUGGAUAUUCACUUGUUCAUUGCAAGAGCACUACCUCAUGAUGCUUUGAAAAUAAUCGACCCUUCUAUAGUAUUUGAAGAAACAUGCAGAGAAGAAGAGAUCGAAGAGGAAAUGCAAGAAAUAGCAAUAAUGAGCUAACAAGAUCUUAAAGAAAUUAUGCCAAGAUGGAUGGAAGAAUGUCUAGUCUCAAUAAUGAGAAUUGGUCUAUCAUGCUCCUUGAAGGAACCAAGAGAGAGAACACCGAUGAAUGUUGUCCUAAAUGAAUUGCAAGCAAUUAGAAGUUCCUACCUCAGGUUUAAGAAGGAACGUCGAAAGUUUCAUAGGCAUUUGCUUCACCAAGCUUAAGAGGCAAUAAAUGAAACUUUAUUAUUUGGUCACAAGCAAUAGGUUUCGGUUUGAAUAUCCACCUUUCAGACUAGCAGUUCCCAAAGGAGGGUGCAAUAAUGUUAUUUAAAUAUAAUAAUAGUAAGACUCUUUAACUUAAA